CCAAAUUUAGUACCGUACGAAAACGACGUUGUUGGACCGCUUUGAAUCGUCCGAAAUAACAAAACUUGUUGAAAAAUGCAUCUAACAAAAUGGUAGAAUCGGUUCAAAUGUUUCUAUUCCUUUUCAAAUCGAAAUACAGACGGAAAUACAGUUGGUUCUCACCAUUCCUGUGUUCAGUGCUCAUAGUGUUAUUGUUUUGUAACUAUGUGGCUUCUAGCUGUAGUGACCAAAACUGUUUAAAUGGUAAAUGUGAGAAUGAGACUUGUGUCUGUGCCGAGGGCUGGCAGGGCCCGGAGUGCCAGUACUGCGCCGGGAAGAUCAAGCUGACAGAACUGUCAGGGACGUUGACGGACGGGCCCGGCAACUACAGUGUGAGUGUGCAGUGCACAUGGCUGAUCCAACCGGAGGCGUCGGGAGGAGACCCUCCCCCUAUCCGGAUCAGGCUGGAGAGCUUCGCCACAGAGUGUGGAUGGGAUCACUUGUAUGUGUACGACGGUGACAGUGUGCGGGCUGAGAAGCUAUUGGCUGUGUUUAGCGGUGUCCUACAAGACGGCGAAUCCUCCUGGACGCGACAAGUCGUGGCGCGCUCGGGCUCCGCUCUGCUGCACUUCUUCUCUGACGACGCGUUCGCCAUGGAGGGGUUCAACGUGACGUACCUGGCGUACGCGUGCCCGUCCGACCAGCAUUAUACUAAUUGUUCUAACCACGGCGUGUGUGAGGGCGGCAUCUGCAAGUGCGCGGAGGGGUGGGUCGGCGAGGCGUGCGACGAGCCACUGUGUCCAGACGACUGCAACUCAGCGUACGGUGCCGGCCUCUGCACCCCCACCGGCUGCGAAUGCACCCCCUCCCGAGCGGGGGCGGACUGCGCGCGCGACGCCGCCCUCGCCGGCUGGGGGCGCGCGUGGCGCGAGGGGGCGCCAACUGCGCCGCCCCCCGCGGCUGGCCAUGUGAUGGUGGCGAAUCAGCAUUAUGUGUUAAGGGUGGGGGGAGAGACGUUCGGGGAUGACCAUUUUGUUUAUAGAUACAACGUGGCAACCCGCACCUGGGCGCCGCUAGAGGCGCGUGGGUCGCCGGCGCCGCGGCUUCUACACACCGCCAUCUUGUUCCGACACGAGCUCAUUGUGUACGGCGGGAUAGUGGUUACGGAAGAGAUGAGAAGCGGCGGCCUAGCCGGCCUAGAAGGGCGGGCCGGGGAGGUCACCAACGAGGUGUGGCGCCUCCGCCUGGACGCGGCGCGGCCGCAGUGGCGCAACGCCACGCCCGCCGCCUGCGCGCCGCCGCGCCCCGCGCCUCUGGGCCAUUGUGGUGGUCUAGCAGUCUCCGGGCACACGGCAGUGCUGGCGUACAUCGGGGCCACCAGGAAGCCGGUCAUGCUGGUGUUCUUCGGACACUCGCCGCACUACGGCUAUCUGCAUAUUGUGCAGGAAUACUACAUAGAAGAGGGCAUAUGGCAGGCGGCGGCGACACGCGGCUGGGCGGCCCGCGGUGGCUUCGGGCACACGGCCGCCUACUGCCCGCUCACCCGACGUGUGUUCCUUCACGGCGGGCUGCUGUCCCAGUCCGAGGCCACACAGGCGCCGUCAGCAGCCCUACACGAGUACGAUAUAGAAGAGCGAGUGUGGCGCCCCCUGCCGUCCGCCAACGCACCGCGGUAUCUACACACUGCCACUUUUGUCACGCCAGGAGUAAUGCUAGUGUUCGGCGGCAACGCCCACAACGACAGCGCGGCGGCGGCCGUGUCCAACCCGGCCGGCUCCAAGUGCUACUCCGGAGGCGCGAUGCUGUAUGACGUCAGAUGUCAGAAAUGGCACGACAUCCCCUCCCCCAAGGGCUCGGCCCGCGCCGCCGCCGCCGCCGUCGCGCUGCCGGCCAUCGCGCCGCACUCUGUGUUGAUACACGGAGGAUUCGACGGCCGCCUCCGUUCCGACGGUCUCCUCUACUCGGCGGGUCGAGCGUGCGACACCAUCACCAGUUCAGCCGCCUGUCUCCACAACGCGCGCCUCGGGGCUAGAGCCUGUGUGUGGCGCGACCACGCAUGCGUGCCGGUCAAAGACGUCGGCUACAGAUCGUCAUUCGACAGGAAUGUGCGAGCGUGCAUCGAAGAGCCAAUACUAGACGAGCACCGUUGCCUCUCAGGCGACAGUUGCGCGGCGUGCGCGGCGGCGGGCUGCGCGUGGUGCGGCGCCUGCAUGUCGUCCGCCGCCUACUGUCCGAGGCAUCGACACCAGAUGGCGCUGUCCAUAGAGGAGUGCGGCGCGAGCUCCGAGAGCGCGCGCGAGGCGUGCGGCCGCUUCCACUCGUGCCACGCGUGCCACAAACACACCGCCGCCACACACUCAGCGGACGAAGUGGGUCCAAGAUUGUGCUACUGGGACUACGAGACGAUAAAGUGUCGCCCCGCCAACAUCACUGAAGAUGUCAGGAGUGUAUCCUCUUCAGGAGCCUGUUCAGCCCCGUGUGCCACGUACCAAGCGUGUUCUAAUUGUACAGCUGAAGAGUGCAUUUGGUGCGCGUCGGCCGCGCGCUGCGUCGACAAGAACGCAUACGGCGCAUCAUUCCCCCUCGGCGGGUGCCGCGCGUGGUCGUCCUCUGGAGGAGCUUCCACCUGCGCCAUGUGGCGGCCCUGCGCCGCGCACGCCUCUUGCGCCUCUUGCCGGAGCGAGCCAGCGUGCGGAUGGUGUGACGACGGGGGCCGCGGGGGGCGCGGGGCGUGCCUGCCGGGCGGCGCCGCCGAGCCGCACGCGCCGCACGUUUGUCCCGCGCACAGAUGGCACUUCACCCGCUGCCCGCUCUGCCAGUGCAACGGGCACUCGGUCUGCGCGGAGGGCGGGGGGCGCUGCGUGCAGCCGUGCGGGGGGCGGGCGGUGGGGGCGCGCUGCGAGACCUGCGCCCCCGGCCACUGGGGCGACCCGCUGAACGGGGGGCGCUGCGAGCCGUGUGAAUGCAACGCGCAAGCGGUCUCCUGCGCGCCGGACACCGGCCGAUGUUACUGCAGCACUAAAGGAUUAGCGGGGGAGAGGUGUGACAAGUGUGAUAACACGAACCAUUACCAUGCUGACGCGAUUAAUAAAGGAGCUUGUUAUUACGACCUAGCAGUAGACUACCAGUUCACCUUCAACCUGUCAAAAAAAGAAGACCGUCACCUCUCCGCCAUCAACUUCCGGAACGCGCCCGUGAAACCGGAUGUGGACGCGGACUUCAGCAUCACUUGUUCAUCACACGCGAGGAUGAACCUCACCGUGCGCACCCGCAGUGACCCCGCCGAGCGCGCGCUCUUCACGCAUCUUAAUUGCACCAACUUCAAGUACAAGCCUUUUGGCCAUAAAUUCGCCAAAUCCGAGCACGCUUUCGGCAUAGAAGACAACGUCACACUCACAACUUUCUUCGUAUACGUGUACGACUUCAAGCCGCCGCUGUGGAUACAGAUCUCGUUCUCUCAGUACCCGAAGCUGAAUCUGCAGCAGUUUUUCAUUACUUUCUCUUCGUGCUUUCUGCUGCUGUUGCUGGUUGCUGCGGCGGCGUGGAAGAUUAAACAGAAAUACGACAUGUACCGGCGGCGGCAGCGCCUGUUCGUGGAGAUGGAGCAGAUGGCGUCGCGCCCCUUCAGCCAGGUGUGCGUCGAGCUGGACAAGUGCGGGAGCGGCGCAGGCGUCCCGGCCCCCGUGGCUUUAGAGCCGUGUGUGGGCGCCAGAGCGGCGGUGUUAUCGCUGCUAGUGCGGCUUCCUACAGGCGGCACGGGGCGCGCGCCGCCGCUGGGCGGGCUGGCGGUGGCGUCGGCGCUGGUCACACUCGGGCAGCACGCGCACAAGCACGCCAAGCCGAUACGACACUGAGAUACACAAGUGGCGGCAGUGUAAAUAAGAACUCUUAUAAUAUGAUGUACGUACACAAUGUAUAUUGUAUUGUAUAUAGACUGUGGUUCGCGUAUUGCUCAACACUGGUCGCCUGUUGGCGUACAUUAAUACUCACGGUAUGUUUGUUUGUAACGUUAUUUAAUAAAUGGAACUCGUUGUAAGGGUGAAAAUUGAUGUCCGACGACAUGAGGUUGCAGCACACGACACGUAGUUUCUAGGUACUUAUUUCUACAGGGUGUUGCAAAAAGGGUAUAAUACGCCAAAACCUAUAUGUGCAGCAGUGUGUGUUAAAUCUAAGCCCGGAAAUGAAACCUAAAUGCAAACUUUUAGUAUGGAGACCCAAUUUAAAUUAUCGCGAAUUUAUAAAACUCGUAGAAUAAAAGUUGUUCACAAUGGCCCCCUGAGUCCCACCCACCCCCUUUUAGCUUAGUAUACCUAUUGUGCAACAUCCUGUAUGUCAUUAUUUCUAUAAACGUAUCGUCGAGCAUUAUAUCGCUACCCGCCUAAUGAGUCGUUUAGAAAUAUUGCAUAGAAACCAGUAUAGACGUUGCAUCACGUCUGCUGCAACCUUUUGUCGCCACCAAAUUGCACCCUAAUGACUAAUAUUUUAAUAUUAGUGGGCACUGUCAAAACUUAUAAAGUUCCACGGGUUUUGUCAGCUCUAAAAUUAAGAAGACAGUCUUCAAGAUGAGUUCAGUAGCUAAGUAGUUGAUCGCUGGCGAUGUUUUUGACUCGGCUUUGUGACGCCAUGAUUUUCGAAUAAGAAACAGUAUUAAUAAACGGUAUAGAUCUGCAUAUUUAUUUAUGAAAUUAAAUCGAUAGGAGGUUCGAAGAGUAAAUUUCAAGAUAGUUCCUAUUUCUGCCGCUAGUUGCAUUGUUCUAACUCUGCAGUUUGUGAAUUUUCUUGUCAGUUUCUGAACCUCCUAUUUGUAACUAUACAAGCAUGAAUAACUCACUCAAAUACUUAAAAAAUUCAAAUUUUUAUAAACAAUGUUUUAAAUGAUAUAAUCUAGUUUCGAUUCGAUGCUAUUAUGUAGAAGAAACGUCAAGUUUUAUUAACUAAACAGAUCUGAAAACGCAGUCUUUCAAAAAUAACAUUUAAACUUAAGUUAAACUUAAUAAAAAAUGAAACCUUCCGUUUACUAUGUUGCCAAAAUAGACACACUGUAUAAUUGUAUAUUGUACUUUAAUUGAUCAAAAUGAUACUGAUUACGGCUAUCUAUUGAUGGGUAAGCAUUUAUAAAGGAACAGGCCCUAACAGAUUGUAGGAUUUUGUUCACAUAACUGUCAACCCGCCUAUGAAUUCGCUACGGGGUAGGCAAAGGUGCGUUGCUGCACCGAGUGUUUCACCUAUAGCGGUAUUGCUAUUUUUAAUAUUAAAAGGUCACCCAUCCACUUCGUGACGAUCACAUCAGUUGCAUCUCUUGGUAAUUGCCACAUACGUGUAAUGGAAGCCUGUUUCAUUAUAAAUGCAUUUUAGUCGCACUAUGGUAUAAGUAGGUGUAAAUUUUGUAAAAGGAUUUAGAAUUAUAAUAUUCACUGACUCCCGUAUUCAUAGAACUGGCAAAGGGCUUUGUAGUUCUUUUUCUAGAUUCGUUAAGUAUACGAAUUUCGACUUUUUGACUGACACAUAGCUUUCAGGUUAAUGUUGCCAGUUAAGUAACUUCUAUUCAAUUAUAAAAGCUUAAUAACAUUUCAUAAAAUUGAAAAGUUUCUGAAUUGCAACAUUAUUGUAGUGUAUUAAAGAGUUCUAUGAAUACGGGGGUAAGAUUUUGUAAGUAUAUAAUUGUGUUGCCUGCCAGUAAAGUUUAGCUUCUCUGUAUAAUAUAACUGGAUAAGCGAGUAGUUGUAAAGUAAAAAAAAAAUGUACCAGCGUGACGUUCUGCAAUAGGUUUGUUUUUUUAUAGCAUGUUGACCACUAGUCAAUCGAAAUGAACACUUAUUUAUGUAACACAUACGUGUAUUCAAUAAUGAAUAUAUUUACAGUCGAUUCCAUAGUAAAAUUAUGUGUACACUUAUGUACCUUGUUAAAAUAAAAAUUCCGAAAAUCUUAUUUGUAAAGUUGGCGGUUUGGAAGUUUUAUUUUGACAAAGUUAUACACAUACUGAAAUCAUACGGUCGACAUAUCCUGUAUGCCACUUUCUCCUUUCAACUAAUAAAACCUUCAAAUAGUUUAUUGUACCACAUAGCAUAUCAAAUUCAUUGAUCCAUGAAAAACCUGGAUACAUCGACAACCUUCACAUAAAUCUUAUAAACUAAACUACAUCUGUAAACAAAAAAGUGUACUUUAGAAAUUACUAGUGGAUCUAGUAUAUUCGUUUCGUUUAAAUGGAAAGUUAUAAUUUAAUUACAAUGAUACGACUGAAAAGAUUUUUAUAGUUCUAUAUAUAUAACGCAUUUAUUUGCAAGUAUAUAGCUUGAGUAUGAAUUUUGCUAGAGUUUUCAUAUUUUUUGGAAACAAUAAUAUAGUUUUACAGUUAUGUAUGUUACAUUGUAUUCGUGCGUCAUGUAAAGCCUUAACUAUUUUAAGUGUUAAUUGUAUUGUAAGUAUUUUUUAAGAUAAUUAAUUAUUAUCACAAGGCAGAUCUUAUAAACGUAGCUAGAUUUAUAAAAUGUUUUUUUACAAAGUUUUCUGAUUUGAAACAAAUUUUACGAACUGCCAACUACUGUUAACGCUUCUAGUAAUAAUUAAGCGAAAACCAAUUUGUAUUUAUGUGAAAUUAUUUUUAUUAUUUUAUCACGUUUAAUUUGGCAUUAUUAGUAAGUCCGCAUUUUUUAUGACCUGUAAUAUUAGGACGCCUCAUACUGAAAUAAAAAUACGUUAUUGGAAAUCACAUAAGUAAUAAUAUGAAUUCGUUGGAUUUAAUUUUCACAAUAUUUUAACUGAACCGAACUGACAUUCCGAUACAUUUUUACCCUUUAUUUAUUAUUUAUAUUAUAUCUAAACGAAUUUUAUGCUUCUGAGGGUUUGUAAGGAUCUGGCCAUAAAGUAUGCCUUUUUAAUUAUUUCAAGAAUCCAUAAAUAUUGGAAAUCAGAAAUACACCACGAACAGUAAAUAUAAAUUUGAAUGAUGGUUACAGCAGUAUAUUUUAUAUCAUCAAGAUGGACAUUAAACUUAGAUAUAAGAAGAAACGAGUGAGGUAUGAGUCUUGAAUGAAGUAUAUAUUCAUCAUAAAUGCUUAGCUAUGUAAUAUAAACUGUGUCGAUGUUUUUCAAUCAAUUAUCGUUUAGUUAGGACAUUCAUAAUAGAUUUUUUAUUUUACGAAUUUUGUAGGUUUUUAUUCUAUUGUUAUUUAACUUCAACUGUUUUCAUAGAUGUUCCCCAUGGCAUGCCCUGCCACUAGAUUUAAUAUCGUACUGUAAUUUUAAAGAUCUGAUUAUCUUCAAAGCUUCUAAUCUUUUCCUUUCGUUUAAAAACUACGUAACACUUUUAUUAAGCGUAAUCUUGUUCUAAUGCGGUGCUAAAUACAAGUAAGCAACUUGAUAGUUGAUUGAAAAAUAUUAUUGUUCGUAAUUUCAUCCCUUUCUUAAUUAUGCAUUAAAACUAUGCGUCAAUGCGUGGUUUCUGAGUUCUGAUUUUGUUAAUAGGUGUUUCAUAAGUGUGUCAGUAAAGGCCUUGUUUUCCUUUAAAAGAGAUUUUCUUCUUGCAUCAUGUCAGGUGCAUCAUCGUUUGUGAAGUUUUAUACAGAAAGUCACUUUUGAUAACAAUAUCAUUGCCACAAGAGUAGCAUAACUAUAUUUCUCAUAAUAAAUCCUCAAUUUUUUACUUACUUACACGUAAACUGAACACAUCGAUAGGGCUCGCGCCUUUCUCGGAGAUUUUUUGUAGUCCUUGAAGCAAUCUAGUGUCGUAUACCUAAAGGGUCCUAUUCCUAUUGACACACGAUUGAGGCACUAAUUCAUGGUGUAUCAGUUUGUAAGUUAGUGUCUUGAUCGACAAACCCGUAGAAUACAGUAUGAUUUUGUGUAUAAUGUUGGUAAUACAUGUAAAAAUAGAAUAAUAGUUUAAAGAAGUGAGCAUUGUAAAUAUUCAGACAAAUAAAUUAUUGUAUUUCAUAAUAAAACAAAAUAUCAAUCA